AUGCAAGUUCUUGAAACUCAACAUGCAUAUUUGACUGCAUAUGAAACACUUCAAGUUAUCAAAAGAAGACGUGCAGAUGCGGUAGUUUAUGAUGAUGCAAGAGAUGCAAAAUAUCUUGGUCAAUAUCAAAGAGUUGAUAUAGCAAGAGCUUCCAUGAUCCCAUCUUUACUUGAUCACUGCCCAGAUGGAACAAGUGAGUUCCAAGAUGAUCAUAGAAUUGCUCAUCAGAUUCUUAAAUUUACAGAAGAAAUUCAAAACAGAAUUCCUAACAUUUCACCAUUCAAAAUCCGCGAUUUAAUUGCUAAUAGACCAGAAAACGAACAACAAGUUACUGCUAUCUUCUCUUCAAACGAAGAUUACGCUUUUAUUGCAGAUCAUAUUAACGAUGUUAUAGAAUUAGUUCAAACAUAUUUCCCACCAUCGCAUGAAAAUGAUGUCGAGGAUCCAGAAAUUGAAUCAUCAGGUGAACCAAAAUAA